CCAAAGUUUCCAGGUCUCUUGUCCUCAUCACCAAACCCCAUCAUCACAAUCGAUCUGAUGAUCUGAUCCUCACUCCAAUACCAAUCUUUCGACGCCACUCCUUCAAGCAUCAUCAUCGCCCCACCUAUAAACCUCUCACGAACCAAGAACCGAGUAGGCCGAGCAACAAGGAGAACCGUGGAGGCUUUCUUGGUCGCUCGCUGCCCGUCCGCAUGUCCAUGUUGAGCCCGGUGCACGCCCGGAAGGCCCUCCACCUAGUCGCCAUGAAGGCCAAGCUGCAGAGCUUCCUCGGCCUCCGCCUCCUCCUCGUGGCCGCCCUCGCCGCCUUCCUCCUCCUCUUCUCCGCGCGCACGCUCUUCUCCUCCUCCUCCUCCCCCGGUCAGAGGUCCGCCGCCUCUCAGCUGCACCUUAGCGGCGCGGGCGACGACGGGUCGUGCUCCAAGCUGCCGGCGCCGGUGGCCGACGCGCUGGUGCACUACGCGACGUCGAACACGACGCCGCAGCAGACGGCGGCGGAGAUCGGGGUGUCGCUGCGCGUCCUGCAGCGCCGCUCGCCCUGCAACUUCCUGGUCUUCGGGCUGGGCCUCGACAGCCCCAUGUGGGCGGCGCUCAACCACGGCGGCCGCACCGUGUUCCUCGAGGAGGACGCGUCCUGGAUCGCCUCCGUCCGCUCCAAGCACCCGGGCCUCGAGUCCUACCACGUCGUCUACGACACCCGCCUCACCGAGGCCGACGAGCUCAUCGCCCUCCGGGACCACCCGGGCUGCACAGCGCAGCCGGACCUCGCCGCCGCCGCCGAGGCCUCCUGCCGGCUCGCGCUCCGCGGCCUCCCCGCCGCGUUCCACGAGGUCGAGUGGGACCUCGUCAUGGUGGACGCGCCCACGGGGUGGGUGCCGGAGGCGCCCGGGAGGAUGGGCGCCAUCUACACCGCCGGCAUGGUGGCGCGCGCGCGGCGGCCCGGGGACGGCGCCACCGACGUGUUCGUGCACGACGUCGACCGGACCGUGGAGGACAGGUUCUCCAAGGCGUUCCUGUGCGACGCGUACCUCGCCGAGCAGGUCGGCCGGAUCAGGCACUUCGUCAUCCCCAGCCACAGGGAGAAGCCCGGCACGCCCUUCUGCCCUCAGAAUUAAAUCUUUUUUUUAUCAUCCAGUGUACUAGCAGGACUAGCUGCACUUACCUUGAUCAAGCAUACCUCAAGACACAGCAUAUAUACACUGAAGCCCAGUUCAUACAUACACCAUUAUAUUGGAGGUAAUUACUUGGCGCUUGAUCGGGUCCGUCGGAUCGAGAAACGAUCGGUUCACGAUCGCAUAGUCCAGAGAAAAUGAGUGUGAAUUUUUUUAAUACCGCGGUUGCAACUGUUAGCGGCGCCCAUGGUUGCUGGUCGUUGAUCAAGAGUGGAACCUAUAUCAGGAAAACUAUCCGUUGUAAUUAUCCAUUAUCUUCAUUAAAGUUGUAUUUUUGCAAGA